AUGCCUGGCGUCUCAGAAAGCAACGGCGUCCAGCCACCGGCCAAGACACAAACACCAUCCAAGCCUCUCCCAGUCACUCUUCUCUCGGGCUUUCUUGGAAGCGGCAAGACAACACUUCUGCAGCACAUCCUAAAGAGCGAACAUGGCCUACGCAUCGCUGUCGUUGUAAACGACAUUGGGGCGAUCAACGUCGACGCCUCUCUAAUCAAGCAGACGCACCGGCUGACCAAGACGGAGGAGAAAGUCAUUGCCCUUCAGAAUGGCUGCAUCUGCUGCACGCUCCGGGGCGACCUUCUCGAGGAGCUGCUGCGCCUCGCCGAGCUCGAGCAGUUCGACUAUGUCAUCAUCGAGAGCAGCGGCAUCAGCGAGCCCGAGCAGGUUGCCGAGACGUUCGACAAGCGUCUGGCUGAGCACAUGAUGUCCACCGUGGCUGAUGGACCAGACGGGCCGGCUCUGGAUGAGGAUAUGAUCAAUGUACUCAGGCGGCUGACGGCCGCUGGUGGCCUCGACAAGUUUGCGCGUCUGGAUACCACGGUGACGGUGAUCGACGCCUUCACCAUGUUCAACGACUUCGACACGGACGAUAUGCUCUCGUCGCGCCGCAACGACGUCCUGCCCGAGGACGAGCGCACUGUCUCGGAUCUCAUGGUCGACCAGAUCGAGUUUGCCGAUGUUAUCGUCGUCAACAAGACGGAAAUGGUCGACGACAAGACUCUCGCUCGCAUCCGAGACUUGCUCGGCAAGCUGAACCAUCGGGCCAAGGUCCUUGAGACGAGCUACGGCAAAAUCGACGUCAGGGAGAUCAUCAAUACCGGCAUGUUCAGCUUGGAGAGGGCACAGACCGGAUACGGAUGGCUCCAGGACCUCCACGCCAUGACCCUAAGACAAGUCAAUGGCAAGAGCGUCAUCACCCCCAAACCCGAAACCGACGAGUACAACAUCCGCAACUUCAUCUACUCGCGCACAAGGCCGUUCCACCCUCGGCGCCUGUUCAAGCUGCUCCAUGACAAGUUCAUCAUGCAACUUGAGCAUCCCGAUGAUGACGAUGAUGACGACGACGACGGCGAUGAAAAUGACCAAGACGGUGAGGAAGAUGAUGCGAUAAGCGAUGACCCAUCAGAACCCACCGACCUGGACAUGAAGGACUCCGAGGACGACGCCUCACCCCCAGACGACAUGGUACCUCCCCCCAACGACGUCAUCCUGGCCAACAAGCGCGCCAGCCCCGUCUUCCGUCACCUCUUCCGGUCCAAAGGCGAGUUCUUCCUCGCCACUCGCCCACAUCGUGCAGGCGAGUGGUCCCAGGCGGGCGCCAUGAUCACACUGACGGGCGGCCGGCCGUGGUUUUGUACUCUGCCCGAGGAACAGUACCUCACGGGCGACGAGGACGUGGACAAGCUUGUGCGGUGGGAUAUUGCCAAGGGCGGGGAGUGGGGGGAUCGAAGGCAGGAGCUUGUUUUUAUUUUCGGAGGUAAUGGACUGGAAGAUGGAAGGGCGGCGCUCGAGGCUGCGUUGGAUGAGUGUUUGUUGACGGAUGAGGAGUUUGAUAAGUGGGUGGGGGUAAUGCGGGAUGAGGGGGUUGAAGGGCAUGAGGCGAGGCAGGAAAAAUUGCAGCAUCUUUUUGAGGAUGGGUUUCCGGAUUGGAGUGAGGAUGGGGAUGGGCUUGAUGAUGGGGAGCAUCAUCAUGAGGGGCAUGACCAUGCCGGUCAUGCCCACGGGUUGGGGCAUCGCCAUUGA